AUGGCCGGCUCACCAAACUCCAAUAUACGAGGCUUCAACCAUGCCGUCCAAACACUCCUUAAACAACCUGCCCAGUUCCUCCCACACCUCACAAUCCCAACAUUCACAUACCUCCCCGAAGAUCUAGGCCCUCACCUAAUCGCAAAACCUCCAACUACCUCCAGCACAGAAAAGAAAAUACCUAAAAUCCGCGCCCUAGUCCUAGACAAAGACAACACCCUCUGCACCGCGAAAACAACAACCUUCCCACCGCAAAUCCUAAAAAAGCUCCAAGAACUGCGGACAUCACCAACCUCCCCAUUCCACCAAACCCACAACCCAGAUUCAAUCCUAAUAGUUUCCAACCGCGCCGGCAGCCAUCCAAACUACGACAACGAAGUCCGCGAACUGGAAGCGCAGCUCGCGCAUCUGCGUAUCCCCGUAUUUCGGGUUCCGGCUGGCACGGACAAGAAGCCGUUCUGUGGAGACGAGGUUGUGCGGUGGUUUCGGGAGCGGGAGGUCAUUCAGUCGCCGAGUGAGAUUGCGGUUGUGGGGGAUCGGUUGGGGACAGAUAUUAUUAUGGCUGGGUUGAUGGGGUCUUGGAGUGUUUGGUGCAAGGAGGGUGUUUUUGAGGCUGGGAAUCCGCAGAGGAGUAUUUUGGAGAAGAUGGAGGUUUGGAUUGAGAAGUAUUUGAGGGAGAGCAGAGGAUUGAAGGCGCCAGCACCGAAAGGUUGGGAUGAGAACUAA